UGAUUUUUCCUUAUUCCUCCACCAAUAAAAAGAAAGAUUGUUUUCAUCUUAUAAAAACGCGCACACAACCACAUAUUCACCAAGACAUUAUGGCUGAUGCAACGGAGAAAGCCGAGCACGACCGUAUUUUCAAGAAAUUUGAUGCUAAUGGUGACGGAAAAAUUUCAGCAGCCGAACUCGAAGAAGCUCUUAAGACACUUGGUUCGGUAACAGCUGAUGACGUCAAACGUAUGAUGGCUGAAAUUGAUACUGAUGGUGAUGGAAACAUAUCGUAUCAAGAAUUCACUGAUUUUGCAGGUGCCAAUCGUGGACUUAUGAAGGAUGUUGCCAAAAUUUUCUAAUUUUUUUUGCCAUACUUUUACUUUUGAAAUGUUUGAAUUUUUUUAUAUAUAUUGAGAGAUUUGGUUCUAAGCAUCGUCAAUUCUUAUUUUUGUUGUUUUUACACUUGGUGAGUUUUAAUUUAUAUGAUUGUAUCCUAAUUCCAUGUAAUGUGAUGUGAGUGGAUCAUUCUUGAAAAGGGGGCUAGUUUGUUUUGUUUUGGUUUGUUGAACACCACAACAACGAAUGUUUUGUUUUAAAAAGAUAUAAAAAUGGCUUUAACAG